CUUGUGGCAUUAAUCAUGUCAUAUAGAAUAUAGACCGGUUGGAUUUAAGGAGUUGUCAAAUCACAAACGCAAAAAUCUGAUUAGAUCUUCCUAGUCAUAACCUUACAAUCCUUGUUGAAUAAUGCAAAUUGGGAUCAGAAAAUAGUAGAGAAGUGGAGAGAUCUAGCUAAAAGGGAGAAACGCCAUGGAAGCACAUACGGGAGAGCUAGAAGAUUCCAUGAAAGUUCCUUCUGUUCAGGAACUGGCAAAGCAGAAAUUGGUGACGAUUCCAUCGCGAUAUGUACGUGAUGAUCAGGACCGUUCAAUUUCAUCGUCAGAUAAGGAAGUUCCAGUCAUUGACUUGCAACGAUUAAACUCUACUGAUCAUUCAAUGAAUCUCGAGCUUCAGAAAUUGCAUUUUGCAGCCAAAGAUUGGGGUUUUUUUCAGUUGAUUAAUCAUGGAGUAAGUUCUUCAGUGGUGGAGAAAAUGAAAUCUGAGAUUCAAAAAUUCUUCAAUCUGCCAUUGGAAGCGAAAGAGAAGUUUGAACAAUUGCCAGGGGAUACAGAUGGGUUUGGGCAGCUAUUCCUUGUCUCUGAUGAUCAAAAGCUUGACUGGGCAGACAUGUUUUGCUUGAAGACCUCGCCUACACAUUUAAGGAAGCCUAUAUUUUCCAAGCUUUCCCUUUCAUUUAGAGAGACAAUUGAUGCGUACUCAGAAGAAGUAAAGGAGCUAGCCAUGAAAGUUUUGAAAGUGUUGGGUAAAGCUGUGGGGAUUAAAGCAGAAGAAGUGAACAACCUUUUUGAAAAAGGGAUGCAAUCAAUGAGAAUGAAUUAUUAUCCACCCUGUCCACAACCAGAUCUUGUGAUGGGACUUUGCCCUCACUCUGAUGCAUGUGCCUUAGCAAUCCUUCUUCAAGUAAAUGAAACUGAAGGUCUUCAAAUUAGGAAAGAUGGAAUUUGGAUUCCCAUUUUACCCCUCCCCAAUGCUUUCGUAGUCAAUGUUGGAGAUUCUUUGGAGAUAUUUUCAAAUGGAAUUUACAGAAGCAUAGAGCAUAGAUCAGUGGUGAGCGCAGUGAAAGAAAGGAUCUCCAUAGCAACAUUUCAUAGUCCAAGAUUGGAUGGUGAAUUAGGUCCAGCAACUAGCCUUAUUACUGCUGAUACUCCACCGAUAUUUAAAACUAUAAAUGUCCAUGAAUAUUUUAGAGGAUUCUUCACCCGUAAACUUGAUGGGAAAUCAUAUUUGGACACCAUGAGAAUCACUAGUGCAAAUUAAAUAACCUGUAAAACCUUUAAUAUGAAAGAUAAAAUAAAAUAAAUCACUCCUAUGUGUUGAAUAUUAUUAUCAUGAUUUGCUUUUAUUACAACUUGUUUGGAGGGUUUUUACUAUUGUAUAGUUUCGUACUAUGUA